UUUCUAUUGACAAGUAAUUUACUCUUAUUUUUGUCUGAUUUUCUCUAAAUUCCUUUCAGUUUCAUCCAUUUUCCGCACAACCCGGCCAAAAAACGUAGUUCCAAAGCACAUGUUGCCUUUGGUCCAACUGCAGACAUUCUUCUUCAUAUUCAGCCAAAUCAAAUGCUGAAAAAUAUGUUUCGGCAAUUUGUCGUUGCCUGCAUAAAUCCAACACGAAUUCUAAUGAAAUCGUAUUCGUGCAAAACACCGAAGUUAUGUCCUAAAAUCCGAACUAAACGUGGCUGGGAGACAAAGAGUAAACCAUUUAAAAUUAAAUUACUUUCUGAAAUAGAACAGGAAAAAGAAGACGCCGAAACUAGUGUUAAAAUAGAUUUGAAACGAUUCAAAUCAUUUUGGGAUAUUACUCCUGAGUGUUGCUACAAGAAAUGCCCAAGAUCUGCACGUUACGAUGAGUCUUACUACAUGCCGUCAAAUCCAUAUAAACGUUAUUAUAACAAAACUUGGGUUGAUUGUCUAAAAGUUGAGAAAGAAGCGCUUUGUAUUGAUGAAAUUCAAGGGUUUCUGGAACCAGAGUAUCGUUCGCGUAAGAUGCUUAAAGAAUGCAGUAGCCGAAAAACUCACUCCAAAAUUCCUAAACAUCUAAUGGCUUGCAAAAAUCCUAAUGUGGGUUCGAGUUCUUGUCUUAGUAAUUUGCAACUGCUUCAUUGUAGAAGUGUACGAAAGCCACCGAAGUGUAAGAAAACUCGUUUAGCAAGCAUGUGUAAGAAAGUUAACCCCCCUUGCCCGAGUUUCUCUGAAUGUGAAUUAAUCAAAAAACUGAAUUCCGAUGGUCCAACAGAAUGCAAGUGUUGGCAAAUGACAUCUUUGUGUGAAACAGUAAGAGAAAUGAGGCAACAACCAUGAACCAUAAUGAGGACCAAAAAUGGACGGUAGUUAACUUAUUUCUCAUAACUAUUGUUCGUUUUUCUGUGAAGAGAACAAAUUCCAUUCUGAAUUUAUUUCUUCAAUUGCGAAACCAACGAUAGUUAUAAGACAUGUUUGAUUUCUACUGUGGAUUGUAUUUAAUUUUGGUUUGAAGAGUAAAAAAGAAAUUGUACACUUGAGGCACUUAAAGUGCAAUUAAUACAAAACUCAAGUAAAUAAAGAUUUAAAUGUCAAAAUUA